AUGUCAACCACCUUCUCUAAAACAAUGCCAUCUCUUGUAAAGCCCAUUCCCGAAACAUCUUCCCAUAAGAGUCGCGUUACCAUUAUGGAUCCAGAAGAAUCGGUUGUAAGCAACCCAGUUCAAUCUGUUGAAACGAAAAAGAUUGUCUUGCUCAAACGGCCUUCUUCAAAUAAUACCAAUGGCAUACAUACCACUAAUCUAAAUACUACUAAUAAUAUCCCCAGUCGAUCAGAAACUUAUUCGCCAACCUCGAAUGGUGAAUCGCCUACUGAAGAAGGCGUUGAUAUGGGAGAAAUUGAUGCGGCUACUGGCCUCGAUAGUUUUUUACUGACCGCGCUUAAAAAUCCGAAAGAUAGAUUGUUCUUAUUAAAAUUGGAUCAGGACAUGGUGCGUUUCAUAGAAGACAAAAGUCUUUUACGAUUUGAAUUUCCACCGAUGAAUUCUUAUCAAAGGCUUAUUGUCCAUCGAGUAGCUCAAUAUUUUAAAUUGUCACACGUGGUGGACAGUAGUGGAAAAGCUGUGGUUCUCUACAAAUCAGCGGAAACAGCAAUCCCCACACUUCGUUUUUCUGAUCUUGAACAAGAAGAGGAAAAACCUCCUGAGAAAUCGGUAAAGAUUAUGAGAAGACAAUCGAAUCAUCCAUCUAUUCGAUCAGUUGGUGACAAUUCUGAUAGUAAUUCGGAAAGUGAACGUCGAACACAUCUAACAAUCGAGGAACGUGAAGCGGCCUAUCUGAAAGCUCGUGCUAGAAUUUUUCGAGAUAAAGAAAAUGAGGAUUCUGAACAAGAAGAGACGGAAGGGUCAAGCAAUAAAAAUAGUAAACAGGGUCAACAACAUAACAAAGCAAGGCCACAGACGAUCAAUUACAACCUCAAUCCUUCAAACGAUAGAUCUUCAACAUAUACACCAAAACAAAAUCGCAUGAUUAAUGCUUUACCUGGAGGUCCAGGUACAGUAAUACGACCAAUGUUACACCCGGGUACUUUUGGCGCGCCUCCAUAUUUUGGUCCGCCAACAUAUGACAUGAAUAUGGUUGGCUUACCACAACCAACGAUGAUUUCGCCUGACAUGCCAAUGGGUCCUCCAAUGGCAAAUCUUUAUAUGAAUAUUCCCCCACCUGAAUGGGGAGGACCUGCAAUAGGCGGACAUUUUAUUCGUCCAGGGGCAAGAAAUCCAUGGGGCACCGAAGUCUUUAACAAUUCAACAGAUCCUACAAAUAACGCUUCCAAUUUCAAUCAUACUUCACAAAAUAACAAUGGUGGAUUCAUGCAUGCCCGUUCUGCGGUGCAAGAUGAAAAGAAUUUUUCGCAUUCAGCAGCAGCACAGAAUUCGAUGAAAAAUUUCAAUCAAUUUGCAUCGACAAAUUACCCACCACCGCCUUCUACAGCUGGUCCUCCUUUUAAUGAGAAAAAUCAAUUCGGGAAUUCAUCGAAGGAAGUAAAUUCAAACAAGUCGGUACAAACAAUAGAUUCCAGGAAUCCGUCCACAGCACCUCCGCCUCAACAUUCAUUCGAAAAAGGCCCUCAAUCUAAUCCAGCCUGGAUGCAUAAAAAUGGUCAAUGGGGUCAAGCUAAUGGUAAUGGCACCGAUUGCUUCAACGAAAAUAAAUCAAAUGACCUACAGCAAAAUCAUAAAAGGGUAAACAACAGAAAUCCAACAUUUUUGCCGCAAUCACAGCAUGAAAAUCCGUUCCCAUUUAAUUCAGUAUGGAAUAAUAAUUCUGAUACGCCUGGAAUGGGAAUUUUCAAUCCACAACAAACAGCAACAGAUUAUCCACUAAAAAACAGACCAAUACCUCAAAUGCCUUCUCAUGUUUUCCCCGGGAUGAUGCCACCCCCAAUGCCUUCUAUGGGCGCACGACGCACAAAUUCUGGUCAAGUUUAUUCUGGGCCCAUGCCUCCAGAGUACCUUAAUAUACCACGCAUGCCUAUAAUGCAUCCUCAAAUGAUGGGAUUCCCCUCACAAGUUCCAAAUCCUAAUAUAAUUUACGACGUGGAGAAAAGACCGCCCAAAUCAUCUGAAUUAUUUGAUCCAAAUAAUCCUUCAAAUACUUCUGCACCUCAAAAAUAUCGGCUACGGCAAUAA